GCAGGAUGCAGACACGGACGCGGUUGAGAUGACUCUCACUGUGUUCAUCAAUGUGCUGGGCUUGAAAAUCAUCCAAAUAUCCAGCCCAAUAGCCCUGAAGUUGCUUGAGGCGCUGCGGCCACUCUUUGACAACGAGCACAGCCAGCUGCAGCAGCUCUCCAUGCUCCUCUUCCGGGAGGUGAUGGAAGCGACAGAGAGGAGCAAGAGCCUAAAGCCACACGUGUACCUGAGUCUGGUGCCAUUCUACUUCAACUGGCACAAUGAGAACCAGCGUGUGGCAGAGGCCUCUCGGAGAGCACUGUUUGGUGCAGCCAGGUUCCUGAAGUGGAGGGAUCUUGAGCACUUGGUGACCAUGGAGCAGCCAUGGAGGUUUCCCGAGUGCCUGCUGGAAAAGGACAGGAGCCGAGUGGGCCAGUACGUGCGCCAGGCCCUGCCGUUCCUGGAGAGCCCAGAGGAGCCCCUGCGAAAGCUGGCCAUCAAGUUUCUGGGGAUCGCCGCCAGGUCCAUGAAGCAGGAGCAGCCAGAGCUGCAGCUCAUCUGCCAAGCCCUUCAAGACAUCACUGAUGACAGCCCUGCUGUCUCAAACCUGGCCCAGGAAACGCUCCACAUCAUCAGAGCUGUACGGAGAACUUCAUUCUUCCCAUUCUGGUAGUCUCCGUUGCUGCCUCUUCCAGCCCGUAGAAGUGUAACAGAUGACAUCAGACUCGCCAUGGCAGGCCUGGCAAUUCAACACUGCUACGUGCUGAGAGCUGUACAGAUGGCUCCCUACUGCAGAUUCCAGCAGCUCCAAGACUGGCUGUGCAGAGCAUGGCAGGCCCGGCCUUUUCCGCAGGGCAGUGUCUGCCUGUGCUGCUGCAGCUCUGUGGAGAAGUGAUGCAGGAAACUCCAUCUCCUGGAGCCACCUGAGCCUGUGGGGAAGAUGCCUCUUCCCUGCAAGCACCUCCUUUGAGCUCAGCAUGGGAAUAUUACAUCCAUGUUAUCACAUACAGAA